CACUGAUCCCGAAAGCGUGGGUCUUCCUGCUUAGGUAAAGCGGCGUGACAAGCCAAGAGCAGUCCACACAUCACAACGCGCCUUUUCAUCUUCCAUUUUUCUCUCAUCGAAGAUUUUGAUGGCAUCAAAAUUGCAACAGUUGCAAUCGAAGGCGUGUCAAGCGUCGAAGUUUGUGGCCAGGAAUGGAACUGCUUACUACAAGCAGUUGCUGGAGGAGAACAAACAAUACAUUCAGGAGCCACCGACGGUUGAGAAGUGCAACGAAUUGUCGAAGCAGCUGUUUUACACUCGACUUGCUAGUAUCCCUGGCCGUACCGAGGCAUUCUGGAAGGAGCUUGAUUAUGUCAAGAGCCUAUGGAAGAACAGGUCAGAGCUGAAGGUUGAAGAUGCAUCUAUUGCUGUGUUGUUCGGACUGGAAUGCUUUGCGUGGUUCUGUGCAGGUGAGAUUGUGGGGAGGGGUUUUACUUUCACCGGAUACUACCCCUAAGGACGACCAUUUAGCGGAAGUCAUUUAAGGGAGUCCUAUCGAUGUGUAUGCCAUUUAUCAUCGUUUGCAUGAUUGAAUUACGGCGAUUCUAGAUACACAUUUUUCCUUGUUUUUGUUGAAAUUUUUUGAAGCUGAGAAAUCAGUGAUUAACUCGAUAGCCUGAAUAUUUUUUAUAGUCGAAAACGGCCUAUGCUUGGUAAGCCAAUUACUGUCGUGUGAUCCGGUUAUGUAGAU